AUGCGACGGCUUUUUGCGCUAGUGUUAGAAUUGGUAGCUGCAAUAGAGUCAUUUAGGCCUACUGGUGUCAUUCCAGGGCUAGUUGGAGACCCUACGACGGGUUUAAUUAGAGUGGCAGCGGGAGACAUAAGCGCGGUAUUGGAAGAGCCAAGGUUGAAGUGUUUAGAAGCAUGGCGUAGUGGAGGUAGUACCAAAGCGCCAUUAUGUGCUGCAUUGAUGUUGGAGUGGUACACUCAUGCUGCUGAGUUGGGCUUGAAAGUGGUGUGGUGUUGCAGACAGGCUGUACGUAAGCAUCUUAGGGCACGAAAAGGAGCAAUAUCUUUGCAGCGACGAAAGGCUCCGUGGCUCCUCGCGUGA